GAACUGACAGGAUGUGCAGGUGCAGAAGCGGGAGAUGGGGGCUUCCAGGCGGGUAACCUUAGAAUGUGGUGACAGCGGAUAAAAACGGAACAUAAUAAGUUUACCAUUGCAUUUAUAAUGCAAAGUAGAAUGGAUACUUUCACUUGCUGAACGACAUGAGGUUGAUUAAAUCUGUGCAAGGCGUGGCUUUAUGAGGCAUAAAGCCACUUGACAUACCCGAAACCGAAUGAAAUGAUAAGCAGCCGGAGUGCAACAGAUUACCGGUCUGGCUUAGGGGAUCAUGGCUACUCCAGAGAGACUCAGCGGCCUGCUGAGAUUCAGAAACUCCUUGUGGAAUUCCGGACCCUUUACCACGAGCGCCUUCGACGCAUUGACCAAUCGGAUGACAGCCGGGAGGAGGCUCUGCAGAGCAAGGUGGGCGUGCUGCAGUCGUUUGUGCGGGACCUGAGUGAGCAGAAUGAGGUUCUGAUCCAGGCGCUGGAGGCUGAGGAGGCGGAGGGCCGGGCGGUGGAGGGGAGAACAGCCAGCCUACACAAAGAGCUGGAGCGGCGCCUAUCCUUGGCUCUGUGCCCGAUGCCAGUGGACCUCGCGGGAACCACGGCAACGUUCCUCCGGACCCCUGGAGAAAUGGCAGACCAUUACAGGGAUGCGCAGACACACCUGUCUACCCAGGAUGCUAUACUUCAGCAGCUCAAAGAGGCCUGUCUAUCUCAGCAGGAAGCCCAGGUUAAAGUGGAGGAGCGUGAAGCCCAGGUCCAGGAGCUGCAGGACACCAUCACAGAGCUCCACCAGGAGAUGACCAGGAAGGACCAGGACAAGCUGACACAGCUGCAGGAGCUCCAUCAGCUGGAGAGCAGGGUGAAGCAGCUCACUGACCAGGUCAGGAGCUCUGAGGAGACCAUUGGCCAGCUGAGACAGGAGGUGGCUGUUAGAGUGGGCAUCAGCAGCGCAACCCUGUGUGGGGGCGUGAGUACAGCAGGGAAAGGGAGUACUACUGACCCGACAGGAUCCAGUCCAGUCCCACAUCUUACAGAACAGAGGGGCAGAGAACUGCUGAAGACUGAGUUAUCAUGUCGGGACGCAACCAUCCAGAGGCUCCGGCGAGAUGUGCUGCUCUCCCACCAGGCCCGCGACUCCCAGUCUGCUCAGCUGGAUGUCCAUGGGCAGAGGAUCUCUCAGCUGCAGACGGAGCUACAGGAGAGCCAACUGGAGCUCCAGAGGGGACACAGCCGAAGAGAGCAGCAGCAGAGGGACCUGCAGACCCAGACACAGCAGGCAGAGGAGCUCCACACUCAGCUGGCUGAGGUCAAAGGGCGUCUUGUGCAGGUGGAGGGAGAAAAUGAGGCACUCAUGGGAUAUAAGCGGGAGCAGGGAGCCGAGGUGGAAAGGCUGGCAGUGGUGGUGUGUUCUCUGCAGAGCUCGGCCAGGGACAGAGAGGGCACAGAGAGUGUCCAGGCCGAGCGGAGGUGUGUGGACCUGGAGGGGGAGCUGACAGAGACCCGUGCCCAGCUCACGGAGUGCCAGGACAGGCUACAGGAAGCCAGGAGGAGGGCUAAGGAGCAGACCCAGAAGUUCCAGGCCAAGGUGUCCAGUCUGAAGAGCCAGCAUGGCUGUGUUAGUCAGCAGCUGCAGGAUAGCAGUGCUGAGGUGCAGAGGCUUCAGAGGUCAUUGGCUGAGCUACAUGGACGAGAGAUGGAGUGGGAGAGAGAGACAUCUGCCCUGCAGGGCCAGCUGGGCCAUGCCAGAGAGGAGCUCCACAGCGCCAUCCUCAGGAGGCAGGCACAGCAGCAGAAGGAAGAGCUGUUUGGUGAGCUGCAGAGGGAGGUGGACAGACUGAAGAAUGAGAGACAGGAGAUGCGAAAAAAGCUUUGUGGUAGAGAAGAGGAGCUGAAGAGUCUGAGAGACGAGCAGCAUCAGCUCAAGGACAAGGUGAGGGAGAGCGAUGUGCAGGCUGUGUGGCUGCAGAGCCAGGCUGACGUGGUGGGUCGGGAGCUGUGGGAGGAGAGUGCCCAGCGUGACAGGGAGCUCUGGGAGUGGAGGGACCGCUACCAUGCUGCUUCAGAGGGACUUAGGCUAAGGGAGGCUGGGCUUGAGGAGGUGCAGAGGGCCAGGGACACGGCCCUCAGAGGCCUGAGGCUACAGGAGGAGAAGACCCACAGUCUGGGGGCCCAGAUGCAGGAGCUGCAGCACAGCCUGGACGGCCUACAGGGCAGGCUUGCCCAGAAGGAGGAGAUGGUCGUGGCUCUCAGAGUGAAGCUGCAGGACCAUGAAGAAGAUGCCCGCGUUCUCCGCCAACAGCUGCUCUCCUCCCAAGAUGCACUGCAGCAAGUUGCUGCCGAGCUGAGGUCAUGUAAAAGAGAGAGGGAGAAGCAGGAUAGCCAGUGUGUGGAGACAGAGGAGAGACUGGCUGAGAUCAGAGCUGAUCUGGUCCAACUACAGCAGCAGUAUACCACCUGCUAUGCCCAGCUGGUCCAGGAGGAGGUUGGGGUGGGCAGGCUGAGGGAGGAGCUGCGUGAGGUGAGGGAACAGAGGGACAGACUGGCCUUUCAGGUGACAGAGAACCAGGACCUGAGCCAUGACCUGGACCUGCUCAAUGAGAAACACAAGGCUGCACAGCAUGAGGUGACCAACAGGGAUGAGACAGUGCUGAGACUGACCACAGAACUGAGCACCGCCCAGGAACACCUGAAAUCAGCUCAGGAUGAGCUGUCAGUGCAGGCUCAGCAGGAGCAGGCCCUUGGAGAGGAGGUGCAGAGGCUGCAGAAGGAGGUGAGCUGUCUCCAGGGCAGCCUGAGUCAGAGAGAGGAGGACAUGGAGGCACAACUACAGACAACUGGCCAGCUACAGCAGGAGAGGGACAGCCUGCUCACACAGCGGGACAACCAGCAGGGGGCAGUGUGUGUUCUGCGUGGGGAGCUGCAGCGGUGGCAGGCGGAGGCCCGGGCUCAGCAGGAGAGCAGGGAGGAGGAGGUGUUGGGGCUGAGGGCUGAGCUACAGGAGACCCAGGGCAGGCUGCAGCAGUGUAGAGCAACCAUGAAGCACCUCCGCUCUGACCUGGAGCACGCCCAGAGACAGACCAGGCAGGCAGAGGAGGAGGCAUCUGAUAGGGAGAACCGUCUGUGGGGCCAGGAGGCAGAGUUGUCCAGGCUGAGGGCUGUGCUGCAGGAGGCUGAGAGCAGAGCAGCGGACACAGAGACCAGGCUGCAGCCCCUGACCCAGUCCCUGGAGCUGUACAGGGUCAAGUACCAGGCCUGCCUCACCAAGAUCUCCCAGCAGGACAGCACUCUACAGGCCCAGGACGAGGACCUGAAGGAAGCCAGGGCUCAGGUGGUGGAGCGGGACGAGCAUGUGCUGCGUCUGUGUGCCCAGGCGUUGGUGUUGCAGGGGGAGCUGAAGGCCCACUGUGCCCAGCUGGAGAGCGGGGAUGACGCCCUGAGUGCCCUGAGCCAGCACCUCCGAGACACCCAGAGAGACCUGGAGUCCAGCUGCAAACACAGCCAGGAGUGUGAGAUGGUCAUCAGCACUAUGAGAGACAACACUGCCGCACUGAGACGACAGGUGGAGGAACAGGAGGAGAGUGUGGUGAAGAGCCAAGCUGAUUUCUCUGUCUACAGAGCCAGUCACAUCCACUCUGACUCAGACUACGACUCCCAGCUCUGCCGCAUCCAGGAACUACAACAGGCAUUCUCCCAGACCGUGGAGCAGUGUGCCCAGGCUAGCCAGGACCUCAGUGUGUGCCAGUCGGAGGUUCGUCAGCUGAGAGAGGAGGUGUCCAGACUCACCCAGCUCAAGGACAGCACUGUGGCAGAGGUGCUGCGGCUGCAAGAGGCUGGGAGGCAGCUCCAGGCAGAGACCAUGAUGGAGGGCCAGCGCAGGCUGGAGGAGGUGGGAGCUCAAGAGCAGAGGGCUGCCAGGCUGGAGCAGGACCUGCAGGCCGCCCACACCCAGUGUGCCAAGAGACAGCAGGCGGUGCAGAAGCGGGAUAACCUCCUGAGGCGUUCGGAGGCUGACCUGCUGGAGGCCCGGGAGACUCUGAGGAGUCGGGCUGUGGAGGUGGAGCGGCAGGCAGCUGCAGUCAGGGGCCUGGAGGCUGACGUCCAGAGGGCCAGGAGGGAAGGACAGCAGAGAGAGGCUGAGUGUGGCUCUCUCAGGACCCAGCUGAUGACCCUCAGGGAGGAACUAAAGGAGGCCCAGGGACGCUGCAGGGACACGGCCCAGGACCUGGCUCGUCAGGAGGAGAAGGUGUUGCUGGUGGAGGGGGGGCAGCAUCGAGCACAGGAACACCUGGCAGAGCGGGUGGCAGAGGUGGUGAGGGCAGAGCAGGCCCAGAGGAAGCUACAGGCAGAGCUACGCACCUUAAAGGAGAGACUCCACACCACAGAACAUGAGCUGCAGGGCUACAGGACCCAGGUGGAGAGUCUGAAGAAGGAGGCAGGGGAAAGCAGGCAGGCCCAGCUCAGUGCUCAGCAGGAGGCCAACACACACCAGCAGGGGACUCAGCAGCUGGAGGCAGAGCUGACCAACACCAAGGACACACUCAGGACUCUACAGCAGCAGCUGCAGGAGCAGGCUGAUGCCAGCCGGGCACUGCGGGCAGAGCUGUCCCAGGAGCAGGACAGGCAGCAGGAGCUGCAGGAGAGGAACCAGGGGGCCAGGGAGAGAGAGGCCCAGCUGGAGUCAGAGAGAAACCAGCUCAGAACCAGCAUGGAAGCAGCUCACAGCCAGCUGAGGGAGCGGGAGAGGACUGUGGGGUGCCUGCAGGAUUGUGUGGUAGAGCUGCAGAGCACCACCCAGAGGCUGCAGGAGGAACAGACAGCCUGCCAGGCUCAGCUGCAGCAGUGCAGGAGGGAGCUGGAGAGCAGGGAGGGCCACAGCCACGAGAUGAGUGUCCUUCAGGAGACAGUGUCCAGGCUGAGGGAGUGUGUAGAGGAGGCCCAGGCCAGCAGCAGGCAGGGGACCAGGGACACUGCAGCAGCACAACACAGCCUCAGAGAGCUGAGACUGGAGCUGGCCUCCACCCAGGCAUCCCAUAGAGAGAGCAUGGAGCUGCUGGCUGAGCAGAGUGGUGAGGCUGCAGGUCUACGUAGUGAGCUGUCCCGCCUGCAGCAGAGGAGCUCCCAGCUGUCAGAGGAGAGAGGGGGCCAGGAGGAGAGGACCAGGCAGCUGGUUGCAGAGCUCCACAGACUACGCACUGCCAGCAGACAGUCACUGGACGAGACUCGGUCCUGUGAGGACAGGCUGGCAGAGCUGAGUGCCCAGCUGGGGAGGUCUCAGCGCUGGGGCCAGGAGCAGCUGGUAGCCCUGGAGAUCCGGGAGGAGGAGGUGGUGCUGAUGAAAGUGGAGAUGGCUUCUCUCAAAGAGAACUACCAUGCCAAGGUGGCCCAGGUGGAUGCCUUACACUCACAGCUCCAUUCCAUGGAGCACAAGUACAGCACAGCAGCUAAUGAGGUGGAGGUGUUGCGCCAGUCUCUGGGUAAUGCUCGUUCAGACAGUUCUCUUCUACACAGGGAGAGUGAGCUGGUGGUAACCAACGUCAACCAGUGGGUGAAGGAGCAGAAGCAAGGCAAUGAAAAACUGAACUUUAAGAUCAAAGACCAGAGCAAAAAGAUCAUCCAUCUCACUGCAGAGAAGGAUCACCUGCAGGAGAGUGUGGAGGGUCUGCAGGAGGAGAUGAAGAGGCUGAAGGCUGAGCUGGAUGAGAGCAGGAUUGAAGCCGAGAGGUUCAGGGCCUCUCAAGCCGGUAUGAGUGAGCAGCACCAGCGCAGUGCCCUGGCCAGACUUCCUGUCCAGCUGCUCCACACAGAUGGGGAGACCCUCCCUACCCCACACCAAGAGGAGCGUUCUAGAGAGACCCAGCAGUUUAGAGAACUGAGCCAGUUCCAGAGCAGAGACAAGCUAGCAGCAGGAGACCUGUUCAGUAGUGUACCGAUCUGCUCUGACUGCGAGAGGAACCUUGAGAGGUCAGGGAGACAACCUGUGGAGGAGCAAGGCUCUGGCUGCCAAUCUGCAUCUGCGCUAGCCCCAGACGCAGCCUGUGUCUGCCUGGCAUGGAGGGGGGCCACGUUUGCUGCGGAGGUGGCCAGAAGAGUGGCCCUUAGGGCCCUGGAGCGCAGACCCCUGCCAUGUGGCCACCACGGCUGGAGCAGACCCCGCUCUCUCAGCUGGGACGGGCCACGCCCUACACAUCUCAGGGAGGGACACUGAUAGGUGCUAGUAUUAACCAGUGAGAAGGGAAGUACAAGUAGUUAUUAUGUUAUUAUGACUCAAGAGAAUACAGCACAAAAAUAUAUAUAUUUGAUUUGUAGUUUGAUAGAUAUGAAUACAUGAUUAUUAUAUUUAAGAUUAUUUAAUGAGAAUACUAAACUUGAAUACUUUAAUUUCUUUGGUAUUUUCAGUAUAUCCUUUUUUUCCAAAAUCUUAUCUUUGUGGCACAAUAUGUUCUCUGUCCUGUGUUCUCAAUGACUUAAUGUGAUUUUGUGGCACUACUACCUUUGCCUUACAAUUUAUUGAGAAAUCAGCUCAGUACUUAGAUUGUAAUUUACAACUUUAUGUAUGAAUGUACAGAAAAUCUGUUGUGAAUAAGUAGACUAUCAUAAUGUAGAAUUGGGCUGAAGGAGUAAUGGUAAGAGAUUACAAUCUUACCUGUACAGUAUCUGGGUCCUUCCACCAAUUCGAUGCCUUUUUAGAAGUGUAACUUGUGAUUUCACAAAAUGUUGACAUUCUGUCCUAAAGAGCACAUGUUCAACACUUUGCCAUCUCAAGAGGUUAAAUAAAAAAAUUACUAUAGUUAGUGCCUAUUAAGAACCGAAUAAAUUCUCUGGGUUAAUCGUAUCAGGGUUGACGAUCUCAUCAUAAAUCAGCCAUAAAUCCCCUCGUGACAGUGUGAAUGGAAGCUUGUUGUGUGCAACAGGGAGUGGCAAUUGAAUGCAAGCUUCACACAAACAAAUCUAGUUGCUAAAACAUUUCUAGCCUGUCUAUCUAUGGGUAACAGGGUUAUUUGUGUUAUGCUCGACCCAUUAGUUUUCUACCACAAAACAGAAAAUGGCCAAACAAGUAGAACCAGCUCACCUGCUUUUACACUAUGAUUUAACUAUUAGAUGUUCAAGGUUUAUUUUGUAAAGGAAUAGUUACAACAUAUUCAAACGAGACAGUUGACCUUAAAAUGAGGGACAGAUGUAAAUGAAUCACUAAUCAAAUGAAAUAAAUAUCUUCAGAAAUGACUUAAAAUAGCUAGAGAUUUACAAUGAUGGAGAAAUGUUUGGAUUAAAUGGGUUGAAGUCUUCCUAGAAGUGACACAGGGUUGGCACUUUAGCAAGCCUUUAUUCAUAUUCAAAAAUCUUUUUUAUUGAAUUCUCCAUGCGGUCAAUAUUAAAGGGCACUUCAUUGAAUAUAACAGGCUUUUAAAAUCAAUAUUGGUGGACAAUUUCUACUUAAAAUAUCAAAAGGCACUCUUCGUGGAACGACCCAUCUGACAAAUACUUGUAUCUAUCCAUUCAGGUUUUUGAGUUUAAUUUACAUUUUUAUAUAAACCUAGAAAGAAAGAAUCAGAAAAAAAAUGUCCAGCCUUUUUUUGUGGUAUGAGAAAGUGUCAUGCUUAUUUCUGUGGUUGUCAAAUGAUGACUUGAUGUCUAGAUAAAAGUCCUAUAAAUGUAUUGGGGGAUUUCAUGUUUUUAGUCACCUAGAGCAAUACAUCCUUGAGUUCAUUCAUGUAAAUCCUAAUGAAUUGUGUAGGCAGAGAAGUCUUUGUGGCCAAAUAAAAGCCUGGUAAAGGCAUCUAAACCCA